AUGGCUCGAAAGCCAUUAGCUGAUAUUUCUAAUCAGCAAGAAGUUUCAUUACCUUCUGCACCUAUUGCCGGAAAAAAACAAAGCAUUGAUGUUUCAUCGCAAAAGAACGGAUCCAUAGAUAUUUUAGAAGUGUUUAAGGUUGUAGUCCGUGAAUUUGACCAAAGCGCGAUAGCACUAGGAUCCACCCGCUCGUACAAAAAUGUACAGGAUCUUAGCAAAUUGGCUAAAGAAAUUCUUAUUGAGCUCUUAGCGACAGCAUCGGUUUCAAAACUAAACGGUCAUUUCGACCAAGUCUUUAAGUAUGCUGAACACCUUUGCCCCCAAGAAGUUUGGAUUGUACACUUUUCUCGUGAAGAUUUUGUUGUUAUUAAACCAUACUGGCCAUCCCAAAAGCUUCAGGAUAAGG